CCGGUGAACUUUCAUGAUCGAACCGUUCACGUCCGUGAUCGGAACGGAGUGUUAGUCCCAUGUAUGGUCGUGACCCCUCAUACGUCGAUUGCUUGUCACGUGGUUUCCGUUGUGCGGAUUCGCGACGCCAUAGCUCGAAAUGACGUCGAGGAGAUGGACCUUGUUUUCUUACAUGCCCUCCCCUCGCCGGACGGACCAGCAACAUCGCUGCCGGACCCACGUAUUACCCACCUCUUAGACGAAUAUGGAGACGUUUUCGAGGCUCCCACCGGAACGGUUCUGGAUCGGCCCAUACGUCACGGGAUCACUCUCGAGGCUGGUGCCGUCCCUCCGCGUGGAUGCAUUUACGGCAUGAGCGAAGAGGAACUCGAGGUGCUUCGCGCACAACUUGAUGACCUUCUCGACAAGGGCUGGAUUCACCCUAGUUGUUCGCCAUACGGUGCGCCAGUUCUCUUCUUCCGAAAGAAGAACAAGGACCUACGGUUGUGCAUUGACUAUCGAAAACUUAACGCACAAACCGUUAAGAACGCCGGCCCUCUCCCUCGGAUUGAUGACCUCCUCGAGCGGUUGGGCGGCGCGACGUACUUCUCGAAGUUGGACUUGAAGUCGGGUUACCACCAGAUUGAAAUCCAGCCUCAAGAUCGGUACAAGACCGCCUUCAAAACGCGGUAUGGGCAUUUUGAGUGGGUCGUGAUGCCAUUUGGACUCACCAAUGCCCCGACAACUUUCCAAGCAGCCAUGACAACGGAGUUCCGAGACUUGCUCGAUCGUUCCAUCCUCAUCUACCUCAAUGAUAUCUUGGUCUAUAGUAGGACGCUUGACGAGCACCUCGUACACCUUUGUGUGGUGUUGGAUCGUUUGCGAGCAGCCAAGUACAAAGCAAAUCGCGACAAGUGCGAAUUCGCCAAGCAAGAGCUAGAGUACUUGGGCCAUUAUGUGACGCGGAAAGGCAUUCGUCCCUUAGCGGACAAGAUCCAAGCCAUCGUGGAUUGGCCGGAACCCCGUUGCACGACGGACGUACGCUCUUUCAUGGGUUUGGCUGGAUAUCAUCAGCGCUUCGUCGAGUCUUACUCCAAAGUGGCAGCUCCUUUGUCGAGACUUCAGUCCCCGAAGGUACCAUUCGAGUUCAACGACGCAGCUCGUGGUGCGUUCAAUACGUUGAAGGCGGCGAUGCAAGACGCACCGGCCCUUCGUAUCUAUGAUCCCACCCUACCCGUGACUACGGAUGCUUCCGGGUAUGCUUCAUUGUCUGCAACAGAGGUAAAGCUGCAUGGAUUUUGGAUAUACUCAUCUGGGUGAAAUAGGUGCAAUCAGACUCAACUCUGGACUUGCUCACAACAUGCACACUUGAGAACCGAUGGCAAGACUGAACUCUUUCAACUCAAAAAAACAACAAUGAACUUGUCUUAAACUC